AUGUCGUGGAGUGGCGAUGCGGAGAAAGAGAUGAUACUGGCCAUGUGGCAUUCGGCUUCGGUCGGGCCGCUCAAGCCCGACUGGAACAAAACAGUUGCCAUCAUGGAAGCCCGGGGCUUUGGCUUCACCAUCGAAGCCAUCAAGUCGCGCUGGUUCAAGAAGAUCCUCAAAGAGUACAGGGCCCUGGAGGGGCCGGAGGGCGCAGCCAAGGCUAGCCCCAGCGGCGGCGGCGGCAAGCGGAAGCGUGUCGACGACGACGACGCCGCCGCCGCCCCGUCCACCCCCAAGAGAAAGACGGUCACGGGCCCAAAGACGCCCGAAAGCAAGCGGGCCAAGACCCCAAAGGCUGGUAUCAAGUCUGAGCCUGUCGACGUCGCGCACGGCUCCGGCCACGGCCAGCAGGACAAGCCCUCUCCGGAGCGGACCCCGACCGCACUGUUCCGGCGCUCUAACCCCUGCCGCUCGGCGACCAAGUCGGAGUCGUACAAGGACGGUUCGACCGAGGAGGAUAGCUUCAACGACGACAGCGAUGUGGUCGUUUAG